AUGCACUCAAAUGAUCACGAUGCUCCUAUAAUCUGUGCUAUAGUAGUAAAGCUUCUGCUUCUCUGUGGUCGUCCUGAUGAUGUCUACCUUCUCUCUGACAGUUCUCGGCUGGGAGUCGGCAUGGCGAGCAUGAGCUCCACGCUCGUCGAGACGGUCUCCAUCAACUAUGAGGACUUUAACGAGAGCUUCCUCACCUGCGGCACCUGCUUAUGUACAUACGAUGGGGGCGAACACACCCCGAAACUUCUACCAUGCUCACACACCGUCUGCUUGCACUGCCUCACACGAAUAGCCGCGUCGCAAACGAGAGACGCCGGGAGCUUCCGCUGCCCGAUCUGCCGUGAGCUGAUCACCAUACCCCGAGGGGGUGUUCCAGCUCUACCCCCCUCGUUCCUCGUCAACCAACUCCUGGACCUGAUGGCGCGGCAGCGGCGCGAAGUGAUACCCCAAUGCAGCUCCCAUCCGGGCAGAGACCUGCUCUUCUGCGAGACCUGUGACUGCGUGUUCUGCAGGGACUGCGCGGACGGACCGCACAGCGACACCCCCUGUGACCACACCGUGGUGCCUUUCUCGAUAGCGUUGAAGAGGAUGUCGGAGAUACUCCUGUACAGAGCGAACGAGUGUCUCAGUAAGCUGGGUACGGCGAGGGAGACGGUGGCUGGCGAGUUGAGGAGGCUAGACGCGGCUGCUACUGCUGCGGACGACGCGAUAGAUAGGCACUUCGCGGAGCUGAGGAGCGCUCUGGACAAACGUCAUAAGGAAUUGAAAUCGGCCGCUAGUGCAGCGACUAAGCAUAAACGCAAACUUCUGGAAGAUCAGUUGAGGUUGAUCGAUGCUGAAAAGUCUAAGGUGGAAGCGGAAUGUAACGGCCUUCAGCAGCAGGUCGAAGUGCGGGAGGUCGGUAUACGCGCCGCGGCGCUUGGUGCUAGAUUGGGGGAUGCGGCCACCUUGGCGGAGCCCCGGGAGAAUGCCUUUCUGGCCGUGGACUUCGCCCACAACGACGCCCAACAGAGGUUCACUGAAGCCCUGGUGCAGUUGGGGAGAGUGCGGACCAGCACGACUUACCCUGGGCUGUGCACGUUGCAAUUAGAAUCACCAUGUGUUUGCGGUCUAGAAGUGGUCGUGUCUCUCCACACCACGGACUAUCACGGCGAACCUCGAAGCACAGGUGGAGAUCCAGUAACGGCAGCUGCAACCCUCGACGAUGUUCCGUUGGCCUGCACAGUGACAGACCUGGACUGUGGAACGUACAGAAUUACAAUGCGUCCGUGGAGUGCGGGCGCCAUCUGCGUGCGCGUGCUCGUCUUCUCCCGGUCGGUGCGCGACUCGCCGCUGCGCGCGCAGGUCGCCACUCACGCCACCCCGGAACUGGUGUGGGGGUCCAGAGGCACCGGCAAGGAACAGCUCAGUCAGCCGGUGGCGCUCGCCAGAUGUCCGAAAAGAAGGGAAAUCUACGUUUUGGACGCGGGCAACUCUAGAGUGAAAGUUUUGGACGACGAGACUUUUGCGUUCAAAACGCACAUAGUCAAUGAAGGGUUAGCUGGUCGGAGCUGCACUGGUAUCGCCGUGACUGCUGAUGGGGUCAUUGCUGUCAAUUGGCGGACCAGAGCCCUUACAGAGGUGAACAUAGAUGGGACCACGCUGCGGACGAUAAAAUCUGACCGCUUAGUGGAGCCAGUAUGUGUUGCUGCCGAUAUAGAUACGAAGCGAGUGGCGGUGGCUGAUAACGGGGCGAGGACGGUCUUUAUAUUCGACGAAGAUGGCAACAUUGAGCGGGAGGUGGGUAACGGUGACCUGGGGAUAGUCGGUGGCCUAGCCAUCACAGAAGACCUGAUCAUCAUAGCUGACGUUGCAGUGAGGAUCUACGAUGCUGAAGGGAACUUGCAGAAUAUUCUCGCGGCACUACCUAAAGGCCGCGGGAACUACGGCGGUAUAGCGUUGGACCGUUCUGACGGCGCGUUGCACGUGGUAUGCGCACGCACGGUCCGCGGUCGCCCCGCUCUCAUAGUGCUGGAGAUGGGGGAGGGGGGGCGGAUCAAGGCCGGCUGCGAGCUGGCGGAGAAGCGCCCGCGCAGGGUCGCCGGUCUCACGUUGCUGCCCAAACGGAAGGCUCUGUUGGCCGACCUGGCCGGGGACUGUUUGAGACUGCACACUUAUUGGUGA